UCUCCUCGCCUCCCUCACCCUUCUCUCUUGAGCAAACCAGCACCACCCUCCUCUCUCAUCCCAAAAUGUCGCUUCUCCUCCGCCGAUUGUUCCUCUCUCUCUCUCUUAGAAAUAUAUGGUUUCCCUUUAUAAAUACUCUGGUUAUUUUUCUGAUAACAAUAACUAAGAACUGAAAAGUUUAUUCUUCCCUCUUCUUCUACUUCAAUUAAAAGAAGUUCUUCGUGAACUUUUUCCUAAGUGGAAAAUCGGGACAUUUUUUUAGCGAUUUUUGUAAGUAGUCCUUUGUGGAUGGUUUAAGGUGGUUUCGAUUUUGGGUCUAUGUGACCUACCUUGGUGGCUGUUUGAGUAGUUGAAGCCUUGGUGGUUGUUUUGGAUUUAGCAACCGAUGUGUGGUUGCGAACCUUGGUGGUUGUGGUUUCCCUUCUCCGGAUCUAGCUCCUUGAGCCAUUAAUCUCUCUUUUUUGUUUUAUUCUUCAUUUACUGAUUUAGUUGUGUAAUUUUGUGUAAAUUAUUCUGCAAUUUGAUUUGUAUUAUAUCGGGGUUUUCAGAACCCAUCGUUCUAUGUAAUAGUUGAGUUAGAGCUUUAAUUAUUUGGGCUCAUCCCAACAGAAAUAUUAAAGAUUAACUGUAUUAAGAAUGUCAUCAUUUACUCGACAAAACAAGAAUAUUUGAAGUUGUACUUCUUCCCUGUCAAGUGCUCUGUAAUGCUCAAGAAUUUAGAAUAAAGUUGCUAGUCAAUGAAUAUAGGCUUUCUUUAUCUUAUGAAUGGGAGUUAAUCAGAACAAAUCUUUCCGUAUUUUGGUACCAGUGGUCGACACAACAAAGGGUCCCAGCAAGAACAUAUUCUCCAUGGAAGUAUCUAAGAAAAAGGGAAAAUGAAAGGAAAAGAGCUGCACCACAACCAGUAUAAAAAGAAUUGCUACGAAGCCUUAGCUCAAGCCAAGAGAUAUAUUCAAAAGAGCCUUGUGGGUAAAAAAGACCAAGUUCAGGUUGACACAUUUGGGAACAACAGAGAUGGGAGCCAAUGUUUCUAAUGUUUAUGGGACCUCACCAACGACGAAGGGUCAGGUUAUUACAUUUCACUCCUCAUCAAAGUGGAAAGUCCAUUUUGAGGCCUUGAAGCAGACUUCAAAACUGAUUGUCAUUGACUUCACAGCUUCUUGGUGUGGACCUUGUCAGCAUAUUCAACCUGCAAUUAAAGAAUUUGCAGAAAUAUAUACAGAUGUCGACUUCAUCAAGAUUGAUGUUGAUGAGUUGGAUGGCGUGGCACGGGAGUUUGGAGUGCAGACAAUGCCAACUUUCAUACUGUUCAAAAGAGGGAAAGAAGUUGAUAAGGUUGUGGGGGCCAAAAAGGAAGACCUUAAGGAGAAGAUUGAGAAACAUAGGUCUUGAUAUAGAACAAAACCUCCUUUUGGGCUUUGGUUUUAUGACAUGGCAAAACCAAAGAAUGCAGCAAGAAAUUGACAACAUCCCACUGCGACUGAUUAUUGUCAUUUAUUUGGUGUGUGUUAUUCAUAUAUGAAAUAACCUUUGUUUGAGAAUCAAAAACUGCACAAUGCAUUUUUUUCGCAAUAGUUACACAGUCAACGGAGAUUAGUUCAAAAUUUCAAAUGCAUGCAUAUUUGGGGUCAUGUUUCAGGUAAAAGUUCGCAAUUUCACAUCCUCAGUUAAAGUUACGGAUCAUCCAGGGCAUCAGAGAAGCCACAAAUUCAAGACACUCUGGUAAACAUAUUUGAUGAAGGGAACUUGAGGAAAAGCCUAUUGCAGGUCAACAUGAAAGUUAACAAACAUCUUUACACAAGCAAGUUACAAGAUUUUUAUCUUCAACUAAACUACAAAAGUAUAUAGCAGCUAAAAGGUUUUGUAUAGUAGCUAAGUUUAACUUACAUACUUCCAAAUGUUUGAAAAGCCAACUCAACGUAUUUC